AUGUUCUUUCGUGUCGUCUUCUCGGCGUCCUCGACUUUCGCCUCAACUCUUCCCUGCACCAGCAUUUCGCCCGAGCGGGGAUUCUUCCGAUGCUUCUUUAAAGGCGGCCGGACCAACAAUGAAUGUUCAAGUUUCUUUGUCUGCGUUGACGUUAAGGUUGGCUCCGGCCGCAAAGAGGGCGACAAUAUUUGCGCUGGCGCCUGCAAGGAAUGGACUGACCGAGUGCAGACAGCAUUUUUAGCUCGACAAAUCAAGUCGUGUUGA